AAAUUCUGCUGCUCCUUAGUAAAAAAGUGGUUUGACUUUCUCCACCGAAUUUCCAAAGUUUUCCAACCACACCCCUCACCUUUUCACAUUAUCCAUUAUUUCUUUGACCAUCCCCGUUCAUCUCAUCCAAAUUUCUUCACGAUCGUUCACAUAAUCUUUGCCCAACAAAGAUUUGAUUUUAUAGGAUCGAUCCUUCAUCUCAAUGGCGUCCUCUUCAACUUCAUCCGUUCACAAGAGCUUUAAGUAUGAUGUAUUUUUGAGUUUCAGGGGCGAAGAUACUCGUACGAACUUCGUUGAUCAUCUUUAUCAUGCUCUUCAGAACAAAAGCAUUCAUACUUACAAGGACGAUGAGAAAAUCAAAAAAGGGAAAAAGAUUAGUGAUGAGCUCAUCGGAUCGAUUGAAGAUUCAAAAUUCUACAUCAUUGUUUUCUCCAAGAACUAUGCCUCUUCAUCUUGGUGCUUGGAUGAGCUUCUGAAGAUAAUGGAGUGCCAUAGGACGACAGAGCAAACUGCAUACCCUGUCUUCUAUGAUGUGGAACCCUCCGAAGUCAGAAAACAAAGUGGGGCAGUUGGAGAAGCAUUUGCCAAGUACGAAAUGGAAGAGGCUGCUGGGAAAUGGAGAGUGGCUCUGAAAGAAGCAGCGGAUCUUGCGGGGUGGGAGUUGAAGAAGACUGCUGAUGGGCAUGAAGCUAAAGUCAUCCAAAAAAUAGUUGAAGAGCUUUCACUAGAAUUACGUUCCAUCAGUUUCAACAUUGACGAAAAGUUAGUAGGAAUGGAGACCAGGAUCAAAGAUCUUGUAUCAUCUAUAGGAAUUGGUUGUGAUGAUGUCCGAAUGAUUGGGAUCAAGGGAAUGGGAGGUGGCGGAAAGACAACUUUAGCAAGAGCUGUUUUUGAUUACAUAUCCUUUCAGUUUGAAGGUAAAAGCUUUGUUGAAAAUGUAAGGGAAAAUGUUUCUUUCUCUGGUUUAAAGUCUUUGCAAAAGCAAGUCCUUUCAGACGUCUUAAAUGAAGACAUACGUGUAAGUAGUAUUUCUGACGGGAAGUACUUGAUGAAGAGGAGGCUCCGUGAUAAAAAGGUUCUUGUUGUUCUAGAUGAUGUGGAUCAUAUAGACCAGCUUGAGGCGUUAGCCGGUGAGCUUAAUUGGUUCAAGCCAGGAAGUAGAAUCAUAAUCACAACAAGAGACGAGCAAGUCCUGGUAGCACACAGGGUGGAGCUCAUUCGUGAUGUCAAUUUGUUAUCGGAUAAGGAAGCAAUUUGCCUUUUCAAUAUGUAUGCUUUUGGGAGAGAGGUUCCAAUUCAAAAGUAUGAAAAUCUAUCAAGACAAGUUGUACGUUAUGCUGCUGGUCUUCCGUUAACUAUCAGAGUUUUGGGUUCGUUUCUUUGUGGUAAGAAUGAGCUUGAAUGGAUAGAUGCCCUAGAACGACUAAAAACGAUUCCAUUAACAGAGACUCUGAAAAAAUUGGAACUAAGCUAUAUCGCCCUAGAGGAGGAUUACAAGGAAAUGUUUCUAGAUGUUGCAUGCAUCAUGAAAGGUUGGCGGAAAGAUGAUGCAAUCAAAGCACUUGAAUGCUGUGGGUUUCAUGCUAGAAAUGGAUUAAGAGUUCUUGAGCAAAAAUCGCUCAUAACUAGUUAUUAUGGUAUUUUCGAUAAAUACAAGUAUGUGGGCAUGCAUGACCAUCUUGAAGAAAUGGGCAGAAAUAUUGUUCGCCGCUCGCACCCAGAUAAACCUCACAAACAUACCCGAUUGUGGAUUUGUGAAGAAAUUAGAAAUGUAUUGGUUAACAAUUUGGGUACUAAAGUGACAAGGUGCUUACGAUUCGACAUUCAAAAUAGCAAUCGGGAAUUUGAUAUGAAAGGUUACCCUUUUAGGUCUUUACCCAUAACAUUUCAAACAAGUAAGCUUGUUUCACUUGAGAUGGCUAGAAGUAAAAUCGUACAACUUUGGGAAGGGGGAGAAAGAAAGGCUCUUAACAAGCUGAGAAUCCUGGACCUCAGUAGUUCAAUGUUGAGUACCCUUGACCUUGGGCUUACUCCGAAUCUUGAGACCUUGACUCUUCAAAACUGUUCUAAUUUGGUAGAACUUCACAUGCCUGUUGAAUGUUUAAAGCUCGUAUAUGUCAACCUCGGAGGUUCAAAGUUAAUCAGGACCCUUGACCUUAGGCUGGCACGAAAUCUCGAAGAGUUGAUUAUUGGGCAGACUCUCAAACUCUCAAACUCUUGCAACAAUUUGGAAAAACUUCAGAUGCCCAAUAGAUGCCUAAAUCUUCAAUCUUUGGUAAUCACAAAUUCAAAGUUGAGGACCCUUGACAUUGGGCAGACUCCAAAUCUCAGGAAUCUAGAUCUUAGUAAAAAUUAUUGCCUGGAAGAACUUACCAUUGCUGAUGAAUGUCAAAUGCUCUCCAACCUUAAUGUUAGUCAUUCAAAGUUGAGAACCUUUGACCUUAGACUGACUCCAAAUCUCGAGAGGUUGGAUCUUGACAGAUGUUAUAAUUUGGUAGAACUUGGCCCUCCCAUCGGUAAUAUGAAAAAGCUUGUUCACUUACACUUUAGUACUCUGGGGUUUGGAUAUUUUUCGUUUAAGGUAGAAGAUUAUACUUCUUGUGGUGUUGAUGAAUCACUUGAGGUUGGUCCUUUAGCUUUAUUAGAUCUGACUGUGAAGUCCCUAAAAAGCUGCCCACUUCAUCCCGAAAAUAGCUUUACAAAGUUUCAGUUUAGCUCUUAUUAUAGAGAAGAUCGACCCUCAUUCACCAGAAAUCUUGAGAUGCUUAUUUCUCUAGGUAUGUGUGCUUGCACAAACCUUGAGACGUUUUCAAGAAGUAUUUGUGGGUUACAACGUUUGAGAAAGCUUAAAAUAGAAGGCAGUAUUCUGGAGGUGCCCAAGGACCUAUAUAAGUUAGAAUGUCUCGAGGAGCUAGUUUUAUCGUAUACAGAGAUUAAGCAUCUUCCGGAUAGCAUUUGUAUGUUGAAACAUCUGAAAUCUCUCAAAAUUAUUUCAUGUUUGAGUCUUCAAAAGUUACCAGAAAAUCUUGGCCAAUUAGAAUGUUUGGAGAAGCUACAUUUGUCAGAUACAGAUAUUGAACGUCUUCCGGAUAGCAUUUGUAUGUUGAAAAAUCUGAAAUCUCUCAAAAAAAUUUCGUGUUUGCGUCUUCAAAAGUUACCGGUGGAUCUUGGCCAAUUAGAAUUUUUAGAGAAGCUAGAUUUGUCGCAUACACCUAUUGAAUGUCUUCCGGAUAGCAUUUGUAUGUUGAGACAUUUGGAAUCUCUCCUACUUUAUGAUUGUUCAUUGCUUGAGAAGUUACCUAAGGAAGUUGGAUGUCUAGAAUGUUUGAAAGAGUUAGCUAUAGAAGAAGCUUGGAAAAAAGCCAAUUUAAAAAGGAAUUAUUGUAAUAGGUGA